AUGGCGGGUACGAGCUUGGUUGCUGGAGAUGUGGUCGUGGAUGCGUUACCGUACUUCGAUCAGGGUUACGAUGCCGCGGGGGUCCGGGAGGCGGCAGCAGCUCUGGUGGAAGAGGAGACCAGAAGAUAUCGCCCAACAAAAAACUACCUGAGUUAUUUACCCACUCCUGACUACACAGCAUUUGAGACUGAAAUAAUGAGGAACGAGUUUGAAAGACUAUCUGCUCGCCAACCGCUUGAACUUCUCAGCAUGAAAAGAUAUGAAUUACCUGCCCCUUCUUCGGGUCAGAGGAAUGACAUAACAGCAUGGCAGGAGUGCGUCAAUAACUCAAUGGCACAGCUGGAGCACCAGGCAAUUCGAAUUGAGAACCUUGAAAUUAUGUCCCAGCAUGGUUGCAAUGCAUGGAAAGUCUAUAAUGAAAACCUUGUGCGUAUGAUUGAAACUGCACAAAAAGAUCUUCAAAAAUUAAGAAAGCGUAUUCAGGAUUUGAACUGGCAGAGAAAGAACUCUCAACUUACAUCAGGUGCAAAAUUGAGAGAAAUGGAGUCAACGUGGGUAUCCCUUGUAAGUAAGAACUAUGAGAUAGAGCGUGCUAUUGUGCAACUAGAAAAUGAGAUCCAGCAGCUCAAGCAGAGGGAUGGGGAGAACAAAGAAAAUAUAAAGGACUAUUGA